AUGAAUGGAGGUAAUCAGUCUCUGGUAUCAGAAUUUGUGCUUUUGGGUCUUUCCCAAUCACAGAAUCUUCAGGUCUUACUCUUCAUAAUAUUUUUGAUGGUUUAUCUGCUCAUUCUAUCUGGAAAUACUAUUGUCAUGUUCUUAAUCAUCACUGACAAGAAUCUUCAUUCUCCCAUGUACUUCUUUUUGGCCAACCUGUCCUUUGUUGAUAUGUGGCUUUCCUCAGCCACCACUCCUAAGAUGAUUACAGAUUUUCUCAAAGAACCAAAGAUCAUUUCUUUUGCAGGCUGCAUGUCCCAGGUCUUCUUUGACCAUUGUGUUGGUGCAGUAGAGAUGCUGCUGCUGGUGGUGAUGGCUUAUGACCGCUAUGUGGCCAUCUGCAAACCCCUCCACUACUUCACUAUUAUGAACCUGAAGCGAUGCACUGGAUUAGUGUUCACUUCCUGGGCAAUUGCCUUUGUGCAUGCCAUGAGUCAGCUUUUGGCAGUUGUGAAACUGCCUCUCUGUGGUCACAUGGAAAUUGACAGUUUCUUCUGUGACAUACCACUUAUAAUCAAGCUAGCUUGUAUGGAUUCCCAUAUUUUGGAUAUUUACAUGAAUAUUGACUGUGGGUUUGUGGUUGUAACCUGCUUUAUUUUGUUGCUCAUCUCCUAUACAUAUAUUCUUCUCACUGUUCGCCAGAGCUCUAAAGCUGGUGCAUCUAAGGCUCUGUCCACAUGCACUGCACAUAUCACAGUGGUGUUGAUCUUUUUUGUGCCCUGUAUCUUCAUCUAUGUGUGGCCCCUCAGUAUCACCUGGUUCGACAAAUUUCUUGCUGUAUUUUAUACUGUUUUUGCACCUCUCCUAAAUCCAGCCAUUUAUACACUGAGAAAUAAAGAAAUGAAAAAUGCUCUAAAGAAGUUAAAAAACCAUUUUAUGAAUGAUAAGGGAAAUACUUAA